CAUUUUAAAAAGUAUUAACUGCUUUAUUAUUAAACCAGACUCGAAACGUUUAAGACGCAUUUAAUUAAUUAAUUAACAAUAUUAUGUUUGAUUUAAAAUUAUGCAAGUUGCUAAUCGUUUUAUUCCACGUCAUGAUGAUAAUGAACGUUAACGGAAAACCCCACGAAAAAUCUUCAAAGCAUGAUAAACGAGCUGUGAAUAACCCGAAUGGGCCGGUUCUUUUCCCGGGGGAACCCCGAGCGCAACCAACAACGACCCCAAUAGUUUUUCUUUACAAUACAACCGCGCCCUCUGUUGAUAACCACACCGAUGCUAAAAGACGAGAUGGAAAUCAUGAACACGGAAAGAAGAAACAUAAAAAACAUCAUGUUAACAAAAAAAUUAAUUAAUUAAUUAAAUUGGUUGAAAUUGUAA